AUUACUUUAGCGGUGGGCUGUACAAACGAUUUCACAAUUUGCGUUCAUCUCAAGUCUUGUUUCCUCGUACAAUUCAUAAUAUUGCAAAAGACUUUAAACGAUUGAUCUUUCAAUCGUUUUUUUUUUUCGUUGUUUGGAAGAAAUUUUCUGUUAAAAUAUCCAAAAACGGUUUAAUCCCUCAGUAGUUCUCAUUACAAACAUCUUAUUUGAUUUAGUAGCUGCUUGCUAAAGAAAUCCUAGCCUGCGCUGCAAUUAUCUCACUAGGCGAUUUGCGGCAAAAUAUUGACUCUCACAGAAUGGAUGCCUUGUGGAAUGAAUGGCGCAUUUUUGUCUGGAGGGUAUUUGUAUUUUGAACUACUGGCAAGCUCGGAUACCUAAAUAAACAUUAUGAAAGAAGGAGAUUCUAAGAAGAAGGAGGGUAUGCCAAAGGACAGCUCUAAGGAGUCUCCUGAUGAGAAGUCUCAGUCAGCAAUGUCUGUGACACCCACAAAACCUGAGGGAGCCUCAAAGGCAGAGAAGACCAGUUCUCCUGCCUCUGAGGCCCCUGUGGACUCGGCCAAAGCAGCCCAGGCUCCAGCUGAUAGUACAGAGGAAAAGAAAGGAGAAGAGGAGGAGAGCAGUAUGGAGGAUAUGGUGGCCGGCAUGGCGAGCGCCGCCUCCGGCUGGCUGUCCGGCUGGAUGAAGUCGCUCGAGGUGGCCAAGUACAAGUCGGCAGAGGUAUACGAUAUGGUGAAAAAAGACCUGACCGAGUUCACCGAGGCUGUGCAGACCGAGACCACCUCGAUGAUCUCCGAGACGAGCUCUAUGAUCAGCAGCACGUCACAGACGCUGAAGGAGAGCCUGCAGAGUGAAGAGUCGACGGCCGGCCAGGUGAAGAAGUCCGUCUCGGGCUUCCUGACCCACGUGCACAAAGUGUUCACCCCCGAUACAGCUCAGGAUGACGACGCCGAGGCCUACGUGCUUCAGGACGGGCAGCCCGUGCUGCUCGACAGGCUGCAGACGGAGCUGUACCGACUGGCGGCCGACCCCAGCACCUACCUGACGGAGCCAGCCGAGUCGGAGCGGGUGCGGUACGAGGUGUGGAGCGCCGAUCUGGACCUGGAGGCGCGCCAGACCGAGCUCAGCGACCUGCUGGCCUCCAACCGGACCGUACUCGAGCAGUACACCAGCCUGGUGCCGGCCAAAGUCAGCCACGUGCUCUUCUGGCACAGGUACCUAUUCCGAGUACACCUGGCAGAGGAGAAGGAGAAGCAGCGCGAGCAGCUGAGGAAGCGUGCCGAUCAGAUGAGCUCACCCGGACAGGCCGAGAAGCAGAUCACCUGGGAAGAAGAGGACUUCAGUCACCACGUGGAGGUGACGGACGCUCAGGCUGACCAGCUCCUGGCAGAGUAUGAGGCCGAGCAGCGGCAGAAACCCAGCAAGGCGGCCGCGCCCGCCGCCGCCCCCGCCGACAGCGCGGCCGCGGCCGGGGCCGAGGGCAGCUCUGGAUCUCGGUCACCUGAGAGGGCAGCCUCCAGCAACGAGGACGACUGGGUGAAGGCGGACAUUGACGCCGAGACCAACAGCAGCGUGGGAAAUGACUGGGAGAAGUGGGACUAGCCGCCGCCGGUACAGCCCUUCUACCGAGUCGUGAGCCGGCCGGUAGCGGUGUGGGACGGUCUUGGAGGAAACACUGAACAGCGCGUCUCAGAAGGUCGGCAGGAUGAGUCGCUCCGGUGCUGGAAUUGACGGGCCGGACGGCAAACUGCCCUAGGUGUGCGUGCCAGGACUGGACUGGCACCGAUGGCCAUGCUGUGGGGACAGUUCUCAGACAAACACUGAGUACUUUGGUGACGGGAUGUCACUGUUAGAAUGGACAGCAGAGCAUCACAAAUGUCACACUGGAGACCGUGAGAGGCGGAGACUGCCUGCACUGAACCUACGGUACACUGUGCUAAGGUACCGCACUGAGUCGCGUCAGAGGUCCGAGGUGUGUGAGGGUGCCACGGCGGUGUGCGGUGGCCCCUCGCCGGCCAGGACAGGCCCUAUACUGCCGUACCGCGUCCCAAGCGCCGGCUAUCGGCACAGACUACCCAUGGUGAGGUGAGUGUCUCCUGCAGCAGCGUCAAACAGACCACAGCGGUAAGAAUUGCUAUUUUAAUUAAGGCGCUGGCUUGUGGUGGUGAUGCAAUUGCUGUCGCCUUGUCGUGUCACACACGGAGUCUGCCGUUUUGCUUGCUCGCUGCAGACGCGAGAUGUCCUGCGGUCACCUAUAUAAUUAUAUACAUCCAGUGCGUGCGUCUCUAUAUAUUGUGGCUGUUGGUGUGAGCAGUGUCCGGUCGAGCUGCGUUUUCUCCCGCCCACCCGAAGUACCCGGUCGUGGUGAUAUGUCUGUGUGUGUGUGUAUGAGUGGAUGGCCGGGUGAAAUGUGAUUUGAGGACGUCUGGUUACGUGGAAUGAGCUGAGACAGAUAUCAGCUUUGUUUUGUGUUACUGGAUAUAUAAUACUUUAGGGUGGUUCAGUCUGCGAUGAAACCGUAUCUUAUUUGGAUUAGUUACUGGUCGUGGACAAUCAAAGGACAACUUUUGGAACAGGUUUCAUUAAUUUCCUUGCUUUUCGACUUGUUCGUAAUUGAGGAAAAAAAUCAUCAUGUGUCUGCUGGGAGUGGUAUGUUGAGUAAGCCACAUAAUAGUUUAUUUACGGUGUGUACUGUUUUCCCAGUAGCAAGGGCGGUGGAAUUAGUAGUCUCUUCCCUCGUAGUAUUGUUUGGUUGCGGUGUGUUAUCUAUGAAGGUCAUAUCAUGUCCGAUUCGUCGGCUGCUUAGCCACCGGUCAGCUGCUCCGCUCCCCACGACCUACAGUUUAGUACUGCGAGCCGCUGGGCCUGCCGUGUAUGGAGUGGCGCUGAAGCGUCUCGCUAACUGGAGAAUGCGACAGUCUACGGACUCUGCGCCCUGUAAUGUGCGGUUUUUCUCGCCGGGGUAGUGCGAGUGUUGAAUGCUGAGUGUGAUGAUGUUCUAUGCCGCUUCCCAGCAUAUGUUUCUGCAAUGCAUAGCACAAUGGUAUAGGCGGGAACUUAGAAGUCGUUUCUGGAAUGUGUCGCAGGCACGCAUACAUAGUUUUUCCGUGUGUUAUUUUGUAGCCGUAUGGUCCUGUUGUUAGACGUUCACGGGAAGGGGGAUGCCUUUUAAGCAAAAUAAUUUCCGUAUGGUAAGUUGUUUCCGUUGUUGAAUGUCCAUAGAUUGUUUAUUUUAUUGUCUGCUAAAAUAUGAUGCUGGUUACUUCUUUGCGUGACUUGCACUUCACGUGACGAGCGGUGUCUGAAAAAUCGCCAAUACAUCCACAGAUGUCA